UCUAAAUCGCGCUGCGCUUGCGCGGAUCCAGAAGGGAAAGACCAGAGAGUGAAACGCAUUAUCGUUGUUUUGAUGGCAAGGGCCACUGAACGUUCAUAAUAAUAAAGCAAGUCAAGAGGUUUUGUAUCAAUAUCGUUUUGGUUCGAGGAAAUGGAUAAGGAAGUGUAGGCUACACAUGUAUUGGAAUAAGAAAACUGUGUGAAGAGCACAGCAUGCUUUUAUGACGGGACGCCACACGGAAAACGCCGAGCCCCUGUCUUUUUUUUUUUGGUGGGGGGGGAAUCGUUGGAGUGGUUCGAUUCCCUGAAUAACAGCUUGGAUGUAAAGGGGACAUUACAGUAAGACAUUCCGAAGAUGCCCAAGAGGUGGACCACAGCAACGCCAUGCAGCUAUCUCCCGGUCGUCUUGUUGGUGCUCGUUCUGCCCAGAUGUAUACUGUCGAUCCGUGCCGACAAAACCAUCAGCAAGGAAGAUCAUGUUAGUGCUACGGUCAAUGCCACGGUACUUGACUCCAAAGGCAAUCCUAAGCAAAUUCUAACCAAGGACGAUGGCAUGUACGGCCAGAAUUCACCGAAAGUGGACGCGAAAGGAAUCGUGAUUGCACCUGCACCGAAUCAUGGAGUUGUGGACCGCCAGGGCUGCGACCCCCACACUCGCUUCGUGGUGCCUCCCCGGACGGGGCACUGGGUGGCUCUGCUGCAGCGCGGCAACUGCACCUUCAAGGAGAAGAUCCUCAAGGCCUCGGCCUUCAACGCCUCCGCCGUGCUCAUCUACAACAACAACUCCAAUGAGGACACCGUCAAGAUGGGCCACGAAGGUACGGGCGACACGGUGGCAGUGAUGAUCACCGAGUCUUACGGCAAGGAGAUCCUGGGUCUGCUGGAGAGGAACCUGACGGUGCUGGUGAGUGUGGUGGUGGGCCAACACGGCCAGGCCAAGAACAUCAACCGCGGCUCCCUGGUCUUCGUCUCCAUCUCCUUCAUCGUACUCAUGAUCAUCUCCUCUGCCUGGCUCAUCUUCUACUUCAUCCAGAAGAUCCGCUUUACGAACGCACGUGACCGCAGCCAGGUAGGACAUAGACGUCGACUUGGAGAUGCAGCUAAGAAAGCCAUAGGGAAGCUGACAACCAGGACAGUGAAGAAAGGGGACAAGGAAACGGACCCGGACUUCAACCACUGCGCCGUGUGCAUCGAGGGAUACCAGCUCAACGACGUGGUCCGCAUCCUGCCCUGCAAGCAUGUCUUCCAUAAGCUGUGUGUGGACCCCUGGCUGAAUGAGCACUGUACUUGUCCAAUGUGUAAACUGAACAUCCUCAAAGCUCUGGGCAUCAUGCCAAACCUACCGUGCGUGGACAACGUCGGCUUCGACAUGGACCACAGGAUAGGGCGCAGCCAGACGAUGGCCAGCCAGCGGACAGCCCUAGUGGACCUGUCCAGUGAGACAUCCAUCAGCCUGGAGCCCCUGCAGCAAGGCCACCCUGGCACUGGACCCCAGAUCCCCUCAGAGAGCGGAGAGCUCACCCCCCGCACCGGAGAGAUCAACAUCGCCGUCACCAGUGGCCACUUCUUCAACCGGAACUCCCUGUCCCCACGCAGUUUGGUCUGUGAGAUGGAGCUACCUGACACCCAGGCAUCGCUCGACCGCUACGAUGACAAGUCGUGAGGGUCGUCACCGUGGUUUCAACCCCCCCCCCCCCACAUACCAAGGGACAGAUGGCCUUGUACCUUCCUGCACACCUGCGAGUCAUUGUGUGUGUGUGGGAGGGGGGGGGGGGGGAGCGGCACAGCAACCUAGAUGGCAACCUUGACUAACCUGUGGAACAAUGACAUGAUGACAUCAGAAAUUUUCUACCAGUGCAGAAUGUACUAUUGCCUGUCAAAGAAAAGAGGGGAUACUCGUCCUCUCUUCUCCCCCUGGUUAGAUAUUCAGUAAAGUCCUUCCUUGACACUUUCAUUUCAACAACGGACUCUGACAUCUGUUUCUAGAUGCGGUAGUGGGUAAUUAUCCCUUUCUAGUCUUACUUUGCAGGAUCUCGGCGUAUCGUCCAUUUGAAAUGUGCUAGACAUAAUAAACCACUUGUUAGUGCAGCCUACAAUACAUCUGUAUAUAUGACUAGCAAACCGUCAUUUAAUUUAGCUUCCUUUGGCUCUAAUGCGGUAAGAAAGGUCUCUUUUUCCGUAAAGGCAGCAAUGGAAAAGUUUCUUCCCUGGUGGACCAGUUGGCUCUGUUGUAUUUACUAUGCUGCCUAAAGGACAGUGGAGAUGAUAUUUUGACUGGUGGGAUAUGUCCAGACAUGCCUAGUCUCUCCCUCUAUAUGGCCAUGUGACUGGUGUAAUGCACCCACCAUGGUGACUGGGUUCAAGAAUAAGAGCAGUGGAACAAUGGACAUGCACUGAUGCAUCAUUCUGAACUCUGUGAAAAGCAGUAUAGCAAAACCAAUGUCUCUGUAUAAAAAUUUAAAAAAAAUACAUUUUAACGUGUACUUAAAAAAAGCCUAUGAAAUACCCAGAUCGUGUAUUAAUCAACCCCUGUGUGUGUGUACAGUACCAGUCAAACGUUUGGACACACCUAAGGUUUUUCUUUCUUUUUGCUAUUUUCUACAUUUUAGAAUGAUAGUGAAGAUGUCAAAACUAUGAAAUAACACAUAUGGAAUCAUGUAGUAACCAAAGAAAGUGUUAAACAAAUCAGAAUAUUUUAUAUUUGAGAUUCUUCAAAGUAGCCACCCUUUGCCUUGAUGACAGCUUUGGACAUUAUUGGCAUUUUCUCAAAUGAUUGGCAUUGUUUUGGUUACUACAUGAUUCCAUAUGUGUUAUUUCCUAGUUUUGAUGUCUUCACUAUUAUUCUACAAUGUAGAAAAUAGUAAAAAAUAAAACCCCUUGAAUAAGUAGGUGUCCAAACUUUUGACUGGUAUUGUGUGUGUAUGUAUGUGUAUACACACACACACAGUAUUUACAAUCUAUAUACAUUAUAUCUCUAAACCGGCCUCUUGAAGUACUGUUUGUUUUCCUUUCACAAUCUUGUACAAGCGAAAUGGGUGGAAGGGUUUCUCCUCUGUUCUUGUUGUCCCCUUGUGUUAUCUUUAUCUGAUAUUUGCGAUGAUGUAACGCGGGGAGGGGAGUGUGUCAGUUUCAGGUCACUGUGUUACAUACAGCACUGCCUCAGCAUUAAAAGUGUAAUUAUUGCCUACGUCCUGUUGAUGCCCAUUCCGAUGUGUGCCGAUUCUUCCUGAAACACAGCUCAAUGUUAUUAACAUUUCAGCUGGAGUUUGGAGAAGAUUCUAUUCAGAUGAAAUAAAUGAUUAACUUCA